AGACACUUUAAGAACACAUUUCCUGAUGGAUCAUUGUCUGAAGGACAUUUUUUGAGUGAUACACUUGAUUUGUCUGGUGGUUUAUUGGAGGAAUUCAGGAAGCACCUGGGUGAUUCAGUGUACCAUUUGAUCUUAAAACUUCAAGAUGCCAUAGAGCAUGAUCCUUCAACCUUGCAGGAUGUGUCUGUUUACACUGGAAUAGGUGGGAUCGCUUACCUAUAUCUCCAUCUUGGACUUACAUCAUCCAGGCAUCAGCAUUUGCUGAAGGAAGCUGAAAAAAUGGUAGAUAUAGCUCUGGAGAAGGGCAGACUAUCCAAGAGACCAUCCUUCCUUUGUGGUGAUGUUGGUUUGUUUUGUGUAGCUGCUGUUCUCUAUAAGAUGCACAAUAGAGAGACAGAUGUGAAGAAGAUGGUUCAGUUAAUUGAGAACUUUCAUCCUGUUGUGAUUGAUCUAAAGAGUGGCCUUCCAGAUGAGAUUCUCUAUGGACGAAGUGGAUAUCUUUAUGCUCUACUAUACUUGAAUAAGCACCUUGGAGGAAUUAUUCAAGAAGGUCAUAUCAUGGAAGUGGUGCAGGCCAUUCUUGCAUCAGGCAAACGAGGUGCACAUGAAAGUUAUGAAGUUUUGAAAUCCCAGGAAUACCUGGAGCCUGCAAGGAAGGCCUCGGAUGUGGUAUGGGAAAGAGGGCUAUUAACAAAGGGAUAUGGCAUUUGUCAUGGAGUUGCAGGGAAUGCUUAUACCUUCCUCAGUGUGUAUGAAAUGACCCAUGACCCCAAUCAACUUCAUAGGACUGCUCAGUUUGCAAAAUUUUGCUCUGAUUAUGGGAAGCAUGGCUGUCGCCACCCUGAUCGCCCUUUGUCCCUUUUUGAGGGUCUGGCAGGUACAAUCUAUUUCUUGAAUGAUCUGCAGAAUCCAUCUGCAGCUAAAUUCCCUGCCUUUGCUCUA